AUGGGUUAUAUCACCGGAACUGCGGCAGUCCCCUCUGCUGGCAUCCAUACUGCGAUUGCUCCCAUUCCCAGGAACAAGUUCGAAGCCAUCCUCGCCCAGUACCCUGCGUUGACGAUGCCGUGCAAUCUACGACUCCAACCCAAGCACAGCGUGACACGCUGUAUCGAGACUGACGGUCCACCUGUUUUCGCCCGACCUCGACGCCUUCCGCCGGAUCGUCGCGCGGUAGCACAAAAAGAAUUCGAAAGCAUGCUUGAACUGGGGAUCGUCAGACCGUCAUCCAGUACAUGGGCAUCUCCACUACACAUGGUCCCGAAGAAGACCGGGGACUGGCUGCCCUGUGGAGACUACAGGGUGCUUAACCGUGUUACAAGACCCGACCGGUAUCCCGUCCCUCACAUCCAGGAUUUUACCUCAAAUCUACACGGCGCCACGAUUUUCUCCAAGCUUGACCUUAGUAAGGCAUAUCAUCAAAUUCCCAUGGACCCCGACAGCAUCCCCAAGACAGCCAUCACUACACCGUUUGGAUUGUACGAAUACGUCCGCAUGCCCUUCGGCCUCCGGAACGCGGCACAAACGUUCCAGCGCUUCGUCGACUCCGUCCUUCGCGGUCUGCCAUUUGCUGACGCAUACAUAGACGACCUACUUGUGGCACCCGCGAACCCCGAAGAGCAUGAACGCCACCUCCACCAACUCUUCACUCGCCUUUCUGAAUACGGCAUAGUUGUCAACACCUCGAAAUCCAAGUUUGGAGUAGACCAUUUAGAAUUUCUUGGCCAUCAUGUCGAUAAAGAGGGCGUACGCCCUCUACCAGCCAAGGUCCAGGCAAACCAGGAAUUUCCGCAGCCUACCACCCUCCGCCGCCUCCGGGAGUUCCUGGGGCUCAUUAAUUUUUACCGCCGUUUCUUGCCCAGGUGCUCCACGCUACUUCAACUGCUAACCGACAUGCUGGCCCACCUGACAGACCCCAAUGAGGAUUUGAUUUGGACACCCGACGCUGCAGAAGCCUUUCGCACGGUGAAGGGCCUUCUGGCGGAUACCACCAUGCUCGGACAUCCCCAUCCUUCUGCACCCACCUCCAUCAUGGUUGACGCCUCCAAUGUCGCCAUCGGCGCCGUGCUUCAGCAGCACGUGAACAGUGCCUGGGUCCCCCUGGCGUUCUUUUCUAAAGUCCUCAACUCUACGCAGUGGCAAUACAGCACGUUCGGUCGGGAGCUCCUCGCCGCAUUUGAGGCCGUCAAGUAUUUCCGCUUCUUCGUCGAAAGACGCGAGUUCUCCCUUUUUACCGACCACAAGCGACUCGUCGGAGCCUUCCGUGCCGCUGGAUCAGGGUUAUCACCGAGGGAAAUACGACAUAUCGCUUUCGUGCUUGAAUUCACCGCUGACGUCCGGCACACAAAGGGACAAGCCAACACUGUCGCCGACGCUCUGUCUCGGGCCGUAGAGACGCAUGCCCUGACGGUGCCUGAUCUGAUCGACUUCAAUGAGCUUGCGCGCGCGACCCGGAACUCGCGGGCUUUCCACACCCUGACUACUCACUCCGGCUGGAACGCGUUCCCUUCCCUGACUCAGACGUCCAACUCUGGUGCGACGUCUCCACUAACCCUCCCAGAGUUUACCUCCCCGCAUCCGUACGACGCAAUAUCUUCGAACGUCUCCACAGCUUAUCCCACCCCAGCAUCCGUGCUUCGCAGCGCCUCAUAUCCUCUCGUUACGUGUGGCACGACAUGCGAACCGACGUGCGCAACUGAGUACGAUCCUGCAUCCCUUGCCAAGCUUCUAAAGUACAUCGUCAUACCCACUCGUCCUCUCGUCAAAUUCCCCAUGCCAGACGCCAGAUUUGAUCAUGUUCAUCUGGAUCUUGUUGGCCCAUUACCAUCUUCGCAAGGCAACAAGUACAUACUGACCAUGAUCGACAGGUUCUCCCGCUGGCUCGAGGCCGUGCCCCUGCCGGACAUCACUGCUGAGCAAGUGGCCCGCGCAUUCGCGUCUUCCUGGAUCUCAAGGUACGGCGCCCCGCUCAGGCUCACCACGGACCGCGAUAGGCAAUUUGAAUCCCGUCUAUUCCGGAGCCUGGUUACACAUCUGGGCUCCAAGCAUAUCAGGACGACUGCGUACCAACCCGCAGCGAACGGACUCGUGGAACGAUGCCACCGCCAACUUAAGGCCGCUAUCCGACCCUAUCCGUCACCAAACGACUGGACUGAGCAUUUGCCAUUUAUCCUGCUUGGCCUCCGAUCCGUCUUCCGCGAUGACCUAGGAUGCACCGCUGCGGAGCUGCUCUAUGGUACCACCCUGCGCUUACCAGGAGAUUUCUUUUCAUCCUCACCCCACGACGCUGAACCCACCGUCGAAUUCGUCGAGCGCAUACGACGAAGCAUGGCACAGCUCUGCCCCACCGCUAAGAGGGCCUCCGCGUCCCGACCCACAUAUAUCCCCAAGGAACUACAGACUACCAAGUUUGUCUUUCUGCGCCAUGACGCUGUCCGAAAGCCUCUGCAGCGGCCCAACGACGGACCAUAUGAAGUGAUCGAGCGUGGGCCGGCCACCUUCAAACUUAAAAUCGGCGAUCGCCUGGACACAGUCACCUUAGACCGCCUCAAGCCCGCCUUUGUAUUUACAGACUCCAAUCCUGGCCUCCUUCCUCCGCCCUCUGCUGCGCCCUCUUCUCCUAAGAGAGUGCGCUUCCGGACUCAAAGGGGGGAGGGAGAGUGGUGUAGAGGAAGAAGACGUCCUGCGACACAGAGGCGCGAGACAUGA